AUGAAGCACGCCGAGAAGCUCCCGUCCCGCGGCGCAUCGUCAUCGCCGCCGCCUGCGCACCGGCUCUCCCACGCCAUCGCGAAGCCGGCGCCGCAGAAGAUCAGGAUCAUCCACGUCCUGGCGCCGCACAUCAUCAAGACGGAGGCCCGGCACUUCCGCGAUCUCGUCCAGAGGCUCACCGGGAUGCCACCCAAGAAGGGCUCCUGCGCGUCGUCGGCGUCCACCGGCGGCGACGCGUCGCUGUCGCCGUCGCCGCCGACUUCGGUCUCGUCGUUCGACACGGCGGGCGACGAGGGCCUCGGCGCCGGCGCCGGCGCCGCGGCGGGGAUCGACAUGAAGGUGAAGGAGCAGGAGGCCGAGGCGUCGUCUCCGUCGGGUGGAGAAGGGGGAGGGUUCCUUCGCGCGCUCGAGUUGGACGGCUACGACGACGGCUUCCACCAGUGCCUCGAGGAUUUCCUCUUCAGCUCCUGCGACAUGGACGCCGUGGCCGAUUUUAAUUUCUGA